GAAAGGCAAAGCCUGGCAAAGCAUUUAUCAAAUCAAGUUUUGAAAGGCAAGAAAGGCAAGGUUAGCAUCACCAAGUUCACACCAAAUACAGAGAUGUCAAUUUCAAAAAUGGAAUCAACAGCUGAAAAAUUGAGAAGGGCAACACGGGAUCCAGGCUCUGCUAAUUAUCAAAAAUUAAAAGAAAUCAGACAUGAGAUAGCAACUAAACGAUUUGAAGCUAUCAAAUUAGAGAAGGCACUUGCAAAGGCUAAAAGUUCAUUAUACUCUCUAAAUAAAGUUUUGCGAACAACAAAUUUUGCAAGUACUACAACUUCUGAAAAUGCAAACCCAUCAGAUAAGACUAAAAAAAAUUUCUUGAAUGGAAUUAAAAAGGAGGACUACAUAGAAAAGAUGGAUUUACUUCCAGCAAUCAUGGGGCAUCUUUCUUCACAGCAGAAAGUUGUUUUUUCGGGGACAGACCCUGGUAUCAUCAUGACAUCUAUUACCUCACCAAGGCCUCUUGAGACCAUCUUUGCUGAUAUAAACCACUUCAAUAUCCUCACUUCUCUUGAGGAUAACUCUGAACUUACUCCCUAUAAGUUUGAUAUUGAAUUUCUUCCAAAACCCUUUAAAAUCACUUCUGGUCUCAUUAAUGAAAUUCAGACUAAAAGAGCUUAUGGCAAAAUAACAGCACAGGAAUGGAAACACAUUCGUGCCCAUAUUCAGCUUCCUCCCAAUUCACCAAAACCUACCCUAAUCCACCGUAUUGGACAUUGGCAAGGAAUUAACAGUCCUAUAAAAGGGUAUUCUAAACGAGGAAUGAAAAAAAUUAAAGCUCAACACAGGAGCUACGGAAAUGUAGCAAUUGUAAAUGAGUUCAAUACUUCGAAGAUUUGCCUGUAUUGUUUUUCUAAGCUUAUUCUCCAUCGAGCUCGCAGGAUCAUUAAUGGAAAAGAGCAGACUGUUCACCUCCAUGGCGCAGUAGAAUGUGUCCAUCCCCGAUGUCCAACAAGAAGGAUAAAAUAUACAACACGAGGAAGGGAUACCAAUGCAGCUGCAAACAUUGCUCUAUCUGGAGCAUCAAUUGUUCUAGCUGCUGACCUUCAGCCCCUUCCUCCUUUUUGCCGCAAUGCUAAUCACACAAGGUACAACCUUGCAAAUGAACUCCUUUCAGUCAUGACACCAGAACUGGUUCCUCAUGACUUCAUUCGUGAUGAAUGA